AGCUACCUUGUUUACACUCAGAACAUGUAUAUUAAUUAACCAGUAUAAACAUAUGCACAUAUAGUCUCAUACCGUCUCUAGCAAUAUCAAAUAAAGAUGGUCUCUUCCAAGUGUGUCCUGCUGUUGUCCAUUGUCUGGUUUGUUGGGACUUUGGGACAGUUUUUUCAAGAUGACGUGUUUGUUGAUGUAGAAGAUUAUGCGGAGCAAUGUGAAACGGUUGCCAAGGAGAACGAGAUUUUCCUGGUCCAUUACCGGGCAUUCCUGCCAGACGGAACAGAGUUCUUUUCUAGCUACGAUUUGCCGCAUCCAGUUGUUUUGCUUCCAGAAAAUACACAGACAGAAAUAAAAGGGUUAAGGAAAGGCAUUGUGGGUAUGUGUGUGGGAGAGGUAAGAUCUAUAACCGUCCCCGCGUACCUGGGAUACGGUGACCAAGAACACAUCACAAAGAAAGGGAUCAAGAUUCCUGCAAACUCGGAAUUGGUGUACCAAGUAAGGCUCCUGUUUACAAAUGACGCUGACCAGCUAGGAGACGCUUUCGACGCCAUUGAUAACAAUAGGGACGGUUAUCUUGAUCGUCAAGAGAUCCGAUAUCAACUCGCCAUUCUGGAGGGCGAGGCUGCAGCAACAGACAUGGGGUUUGGCGAAGAAGACGCAAACGAAAAACUUGUCGAACUGAUGUUUACGAAUAACGACAAGGACCAAGAUGGCCGACUUUCCCGCAGCGAGUAUCUUGGAGUUCUCUAUAGAGACGGAGAACUCUGAAGAAACUGAAACAUUAGCAGGGCUUUCAUGCGCGGGGGGGGGGGGGGGUCUGA